CGAUUGACGCAAUGCUUGUAUGCAUUCAGUGAGUGAAUGACAACAACAACACAACUGUCAUCUCAACACACCAUCCGUUGAAUCCAUUGAAUCCAGUGAUACCAUCACUUAAGCCAUGGACCAAAUGGAUGAUAAUAACCUUCGCUACGAACUCGAGUCACGGGGACAGUCCAUCGGACCCAUUGUCGACUCGACUCGUGAGUUGUAUCGACGACUCCUCAAGCGAUUGAUGGACGAAGAGUUGGAUCAACUGAUUGGAGGACAGCAGGAGCCCAUCGACGCCGACGACGACACCGAAGAGGAGGACGAGGAGGAAGAGCUGGACAUCCAUUCAGUGAAUUCCGGCGCGAAGACAGCGAUUGAACCGAAAUCGUCGUUCAGAUCAAAGAUUGUGUUGUUUUUAUUCACACUAUUUCUAUGCAUUGUUUUCGCAUAUUAUGUGAAACAGCGCUAAAAAUUGUCAUUCAUUUGAUGCCAACGAGUGUUUUGAACGCUAACCGAGAAAUUGAUGGCAAAAUUGUGCGCUAUUUCUAUACAAAAACUUUUUAAUUUACUUAAUAUAUAGUCAUUUACCGUAUGUUUUGUAUCCUGUGUUCAGUUUUAUUGUCAUAUUUUUGAUUGUAUUUUAAGUUAUUGUUUAAUAUUCAUAAGUAUUUGUCACUUAUUUUAUGUUAAUUAUAGUAACAGUACCAAAACUAAUGUAUUUUAUUUGAUAUUCACUAUUUUCAUCUAAUUCACACCAUUUUUAAUCUAUUUUUCUGUUAUGUAUACUAAAGUUUGUAACAUUUUUAACAAUUAAUUGCAUAUGAAGUGAACUAUACCGGUAUAAACUAAAUUCUUAGCAAAC